AGUAUCGAAUAAAAAUCCAAUGGCAGCGACUUUACGUAAAACCCCAAUGCUUGUGGGAAGCCUGCAGAGGUGCUUUGCCUCCGCCGCCAAGGCUGCAAAAUCAAAGCCAACUAAGACCGGCUCCUUUUCCGCUAUCGGCGAGUCAAUUGCUGCCAAAGGUUUUCUGCGCCCUCACAAGCCAUACACACCACCAGCAGAUGCAGCAGACCGUAUACGCUCGGUGGCUGCCUCCCUUCAGUUGAAGUCUGAUGAGCUGGGGAAUCUAUCCGAGAAAUUCGAAUUUCUGGCCGCAUGCUUUAAUGAACUACAACACGGAGUGCCCAACUCCCAGGUCCAUGAGCUGCGCACCAUCGGCGAUGUCAUUUCCUUCUACGAGACACCUGUGGACACAACCGUUCCAUUGGACGCUCUGAAACGCGUUGAGCUGCCGGAGAAUCUGCACAUCCAGUACGAGUACUUGCGCUUCAAUCCCGAGACAGACACCAAGUUCAACGGCAAGACGGCCUUCCCCAAAAGCUCCACGCUUGUCACUGGUCUUAAGUAUCGCAACAAGUACGAGGGACACGAAGCCAAGCGGUCUUGGCCUUAAAAACUCCGUUGUUUAUUGUUAGCCUUUUACAUUUAUUAAAUGCCGGGUAAAUAGAACUCGACUGCUAUCUGCUUUAAAAAUCCCAAA